CCGGCAGCGCGGAGGGCUGGGCCGCGCCGCGCCGCCCGCUGCAGCGCUCUGGUCUGCUCCGCUGUGAGGAGGGAGAGAGGGACGGGACCGCCUCGCCCAGCCCCGCCGCCCGCCGCCUGGCCCGCGCCUCGCCGCCCGCCCCGCUCGCCCCCACCGCCGCCCGCGCGAAGAUGGCCGGCUGGCAGAGCUACGUGGACAACCUGAUGUGCGAUGGCUGCUGCCAGGAGGCCGCCAUUGUGGGCUACUGCGACGCCAAGUACGUCUGGGCAGCCACGGCCGGCGGCAUCUUCCAGAGCAUCACGCCAGUAGAAAUAGAUAUGAUUGUAGGAAAAGACCGAGAGGGUUUUUUCACCAACGGUCUGACCCUUGGUGCAAAGAAGUGCUCUGUGAUCAGAGAUAGCCUGUAUGUUGAUGGUGACUGCACAAUGGACAUCAGGACAAAGAGUCAAGGUGGUGAGCCAACGUACAAUGUUGCUGUAGGCAGAGCUGGCCGAGUCUUGGUCUUUGUAAUGGGCAAAGAAGGGGUCCAUGGAGGCGGAUUGAAUAAGAAGGCAUACUCAAUGGCAAAAUACUUGAGAGACUCUGGGUUCUAGUUGCUAGGCAGACUGUUAAGUAUUAGGGGAAGAUUGCUAUUAAACUUUCCUGGCGGUGAGCUUUAAACCUUACAUUCUGGAAACUUUAUUAGCAAUGCAGGGUGAUGGGGUAUGAACCUGUGUCUCCUUUGUAUCCCUUUGUUGGUGGGGAAAGGUGUUUUCUUUUUCUUUUUUCUUUUUUUUUUUCCCUUUAAUUCUCUUCAUUUCUGUUUUGUUUCCUUGUGUACUCCAGCAUUGGUUAUAGUCAUGGGAAAGGAAGGUGUCCAUGGAGGGACACUCAACAAGAAAGCAUAUGAACUGGCUUUAUACCUGAGGAGGUCUGACGUCUAAGCAGCCUCUCCCCAUCCACCUAGCAACUCUCUUCAUCACCACCCAGUUGUGUUCAGUGCUACCAGACUGUAGAUGAUAGUUUGUGUUUUUUAUUUACCCAUUUCCUAAUGUCAUAAUUCCAGUUACCCUUUGUUCAUUUAUAUGUUAACCACUGUAUGUAACCAAGUCCCAUAUCUGGCACCAUUACUGCACCACAAAGAUGAUAUGCAUGAUACCUUGAAAAACUUUUGGGUGGGGAAUAUGCCAAGUGUAGGCUUUGCUUUGUCUUAGCAGUUAGUGUGAUAUUGAUGACUAAAACAACUUAAAUACACUAAACAAGGUGCCGAUUGUACAAUCUAAUUUGAUCAAUGCCUCUUCAGCACUUUGAGCAAUUACACAGCUCACUAGUCUUCCUUUCAUAGAGCAUGGUUGGGAGGAAAAAAGUGCAUGCAUAUCUUUACUUCUGUCCCUCUUUAUUUUUUUAUUCCACGUGUGUUUGCUCACACCCGUUUUUAUAGUGCCUGGUUUGUUUAACCAAGUUGUGACUCAGAAGCUAUUAACGUUCUAUUAGUUUUGUUGUUGCACUUCACUCUAGGCUUAAGUCUUUUUAUUUUUUUGUCAUGAUGUCUGAAGCUUGUACUGCUUAACAAGUGCAAUCACAAAACUGUGGAAGAAAGGGUACAGACGCACUUCCUCCCAUGACCUUAAAGCCACAUCCCGAGCAGAUCCCCACAGACAUUCCAUCGUUGCAAUAGCUCAGGCACUUUUUUUUUUUUUUUUUUUUUUGCCAGCUCCUGUUCUGUAGUUGAAUUGUGAAAGGCUGCCAUUAUGGACAUUAGAUAGCCCAACAUAACCAUCUGGAGUGUGUCUGGUUUCAGUUUUUCAUAGGACCAAUUUUAGUUUGCAGCUUGGGGGAGUCAUGGGGUGGGGGUUGGUUUUUUGUUUGGGGUUUUUUUAAUAGAAAAUGAGAUGUGACAGCAGAGUUGUGUCUGCACAGGAUUUAAUUACUGAAUGGGCAUUGUGCUUAUUUUUUUGAGAGGUUAUUUGUUGUUUUGGGAUUUUGGAUUUUCUUUUUUUUUAAUUAUUUUUGUGAGUGCCAACUAUUGAUAUAGCAGAAAUUUCUUUUCAACGAACAGGGGACCGGGCAGAGCUGACCAAUAUUACUGUAACUAUGAUUAAUCUCUCUCUUUUAAGGGUGUCUUCAGGUUGUCAGCCUAAACAAAAACCACGUCCUAAGGCUUUGUUCUUUAGUGACAUGACUGACUUGGAGAUUUAUUGGCAUCUGAUUGUGAUGCCGACUUGCAAGGCAACUCUUAAGCCCGGCGUGAUUGGCCUAGCAAGCUGAAGGCUGUUGGUGCUAGAACACAGUAGCUGCAGAUCUGAGCUCUAGCGUGACUCAGUUGAUACUACUCACCCUUAGAUUAUAUUUAGAAAAUGCAGUUUUUUCAUUUGCUAGUAAGUCUGUACUACUGUAAAUUUAAGCUUUGUCAUAGUAGAAGAUACUCCAAGCAGAUCGGGUUCUUUGCUGGUGUGCAUUAGUUAACCUGACUUCUGUUUGGCUACACUGAUUUCAUCAACUACAGGCCAUGCUUCUUACAGUGAAACCCAAUCUUGUAAGGUCACAUAAGAUGUUUAUCAGAAUUGUGAAGCUACAAACUUGAUUCCUCUUUUCAUUGGUGUUUCACGUGGCUAAGUGUCUUGGUUCAAAGACCUUAAAGAGGUAAAACAAUCAGAAAUUCUUUCCAUAUUGCUUCCAUAAUAAACCAGCUGUGCAAAACAAUACUUACAGUGUAAAACAACUGCCAGAACCUUAGGUCAGGUCUUUACUCAGUCAUGAACUGAAUCACGUUUAAGUUAAAAGCCAUUCUUUACUUUACAUUGUAAACUUUUCAUUUUUGUAAUGGAGAGGAUGUGUCAGAUGAGCAGCAACAACAAAAUUAUUUUUUAUAAAGUUCUCUUUUUCUAGAAGUUUCUAGCUUUAAACAGGCUGUGGCAGAACUUUUAAGUACUCAAAGCAUAUGCAAUUCUUCUGAAACUAGAUUUAUAGAUGCCAAUGUUUGCCUAUUUCAGGUUUUGAACAUUUACUUUACUAAAUGCACACUGUCUGCUUGUAGUAUAAAUACAGCAAAUAUGCCAGCUGGAUAGAUUUAAUGUCAGCCAUCACCGAGGGUGGCAUAUGUAAGUCUUGGUGAUACAGGAGUAAUGGGAUGUUGUUAAUUACAGUUUGUAUUCUGGUAAUACUGUCAGAAUGUAACUUGGGGAGGGAUGGGAUUUGACUUUUUGACAACAAAUGCUGUUUGAGGGAAGGAUUUAAAUGUCUAUUUUAAAUACAGAAAAAUAUGGGUGUUCAGAUAAACUUGUUUCCUAAUACACUACAUCCAUGUACAUGCUAGUACUUUAACUUUUUUAGUUACUUUUUUCAUUUUGUUAUAUGACAUGUGUGAGCAUUUGUUUUUAAUUUCGAGUACCUUGCAGCAGAUUGUAUGUAUCAAAAGCAGUCAGAUCAAACUGUUGUAUCCAGGGUUUGAUUCUGUUUUUUUUACUAUUUCUUUGAUCUUGUACAUGAAAACCAAAUAUAAAUGAACUUAAAGAUUUUGGAUGCA